GUACGUGGUUUUUUAAGGUGCCUGCCUGUUUGAUAGUCUGGUGUGGUUCCUGGUACCUCUAGUUUGGAGUGUCGUGAUUGUUAACCAUUUUAUAUUUUAAUAUUAAACGUUAACAAUGUCGCGAAGAGCGAUUAAAGCAAUUAAUUGGUCAGCAAUAGCUGAAAGAGUUCCAGAAGAACAGAAAGGUCUUUUUAUCGCAUUUAAAGCGAAGUCGGAUCAAUAUUUACGUCGGAUGAUGGCAAAUCCAGAAACUUCACCACAACUUAAUUGGGAAUAUUACAGAAAGAAUGUAACAACGCCUGGUCUCGUUGAAAAAUUCCAGAAAGAGUACGAAGCAUUAAAAGUACCGUUCCCAGCUGACAAAUAUACUUCUCUUAUCGAUGGCGAAGAAAAAAUUAUGCUUCAAGAGGUUGAACAAUUCCGCCAAAAAUGUGAAAAAGACAUUGAGAACUUUACCGCAACUAUUAAUAAAUUAAAAGCUAUUAUGCCGUAUGGUGAUAUGACAAUAGAAGAAUUCUUAGAAUAUCAUCCAGAAUGUGCUUGCGGCACUGUAUACAAUCCUUCCAUCUGGCCACAUACACCUCAAAUGAAAGAAUAUGAAACUGCGAACCUUGAUGAGGAUGAUGAUGACCAUUGACUUACUUUUACAAGUUUAUAGCAAUAUUGUAGUCUAUAGAUAUGUAAAAAAAUAUUAUUGAUGGUAUACAAUGCUUGAUGAUAUUUGAAUUACCCUAUAUCCAUAAAGUAUUUAAAAGUCCUAAUAUAUUUGAAUAAAAUAUGUUUUUUUGUCGGUACAUUAUUAUAGAUAAAUACAGUAAAAUAUA